AUGAGCGCCACUGAAACGUCGCUCCGGGUGGUGGUUCGAGCUCGGCCGAUGAAUACUCGAGAAACGAAAGAAGGGGCUCGCCGAUGCGUUGAAUUCUAUGAAAACACAGGACAGUUGGUUAUCAACGAUUCGGCGACGUUCGCUUACGACUCGGUAUUCCCGGACACUGUUGAUCAGGAAACAGUCUACGAAAAAACUGCUCUUCCACUUCUCGAUCGCAUUUUUUCAGGUUUCAAUGCUACGAUUCUCGCCUACGGACAGACUGGAAGUGGAAAAACAUACACAAUGGGAACCGAAGACAACGAUGGCACGGACGAGAUGCGCCGUGGUAUCAUUCCGCGACUCGUCAAUGCUCUUUUCCAACGCAUUAUGGCAACACAAACCCCAGAAGCAUUCACAGUCACUGUCUCAAUGUUCGAAGUUUACGGAGACAACGUCUACGAUCUUCUUCGUCCGGACAAAGUCAAAUUGAACGUCCAUGGAGAUGAAAAGAAUUGUACGAUUGUCAAUCUUACUGCUGUUCCCGUUUUGGAUUUGAAAGGAGCUCUCAAACAACUGGCAACUGGAUGCCACUAUCGAACCAAAGCGGAAACUGCAAUGAACGCAAUGUCCAGUCGAUCGCAUGCUGUAUUCACUGUUUAUGUUGAGAAAACAGCUACUCCAGAAAGUGACAGCGCCUUCUCUGCUAAACUCCAGCUUGUCGACCUUGCUGGAUCGGAAAGACUCAAAAAGACGGAAGCGGAAGGAAACCGGAUGAAGGAAGGAAUCAAUAUCAAUGCCGGACUUCUUAUUCUAUCUCAGGUUAUUGCUGCUCUUGCCACAAAACAGAAACACAUCCCUUACCGUAACUCUGUCAUCACUCGUGUCCUACAAGAUUCACUGGGAGGCAACUCCUUCACUGUGUUUCUUGCCUGCAUUUCUCCUGCGGAUACCAAUUCUCAGGAAACGCUGAACACACUCCGAUACGCUGAUAGAGCCAAGCAAAUUAAGAACAAGCCAAUCAUCAAUAAGAAUCCUAAAGCCGAGGAAAUCGCAAUCCUUCACGCUCUAAUCAAGCGCCUUCAACAGGAGAAUUCGGAUUUGAAGCAAGGGAUUGCCCCUUCAGACGGCAAGAUCGGCGACGUAGCGAGUUCUACAGAGAUUAUGGUGUUGAAAGAUGAAGUCGCUCGGCAGACCGAAGAGUUGAGAGAGCGAAGAAUGAAACAAUCCGAAUUCAUUGUUAGAAUGAAUCACCUCGCCCAACGGAACGCUCGUCUUGAAGCGGAGAAGGAAAAACUGAAGAAUAUGGUAGCGGACGUUCGGACAACUCUUUUGAACGAGGAAAUGAUGGAUUCUGUGGAAAUCGUUAGAUCUAUUCAGCAAGUCGUUGGAAACUCCGAAGAUUCUACUACAAUCCAAGAAGAAGAUCAAGACGAGACAACGACUGUUGGACCGGCAGCAGAUGACACCAUGUACGAUGCUGAACGUCUUCCUGAACUACAAGCCGAGAUCGAUGAUUUGGACAAACAGAUUGCGAUGAAGGAUGAAAAUCGGCAGAAGGCAAUUGAUGAGCAAAGAGAGUUCAUCGAGGCAAUUAAGCAAAGAGAGUCGGAAAAAACUCAAUUGGUUGUACGGUGUGGCGAACUCGAAACUGAAAUCAACAAGCUCCGUCAAGAAUGCAAAAAGGCGACGACUGCUUCUAAGCUGGCUGAAGAGAGACGUCAAAAGUUGAAGGAACUCGAACGGCAGCAUGCUGAGGACAAGAAGACACUUUCCGAGCUCAAGAAACUGCAGGAGACACGACGCAAAAUGGAAGAUACACUCAAGAAGACAGAGGAUGAGCUGAAGAACUUGAAGACACAACGUCUCCGUCUUCUACGCGAACAACGCGCCGAAGCAUCCAAGUUCCAAGCAUUCAAACAGAAGCACGAGAGAGAAAUGGCUCAGAUCAAAUCGAAACUCCAGAAGAGAGAGAUGGAUGUUGUUCGACAGAAAAGAGUCGAUGAUCAAAAAUUGGCUGUUCUCCAACAGCGUCUGGCUGAAUCUAACCGAGCAAACAAGACUCUCCGCGAGCUAAAUCUCAAACGUGCCAACAGAAAAGGAUCGACUACUGAUGCAACUGCCAUUCAGAGUCUCAUCGAGGACGAGUUGGAACUCGAAAUUACUGCUCAGCGUUGUCAACUGUUGUGUGCCGAGCUUCGUCGGCAGAGACAGGACGUGAUGAAACGCAUCAACGAGAUGGAAUCGAAAAAAUUCGAGGGAUCAAAGAAGGUGUGCCGUCGUUAUGCCAAAGCACGACGUCAAUGUGGUCGUCUUGAUGAAUCCAUGCAUUUUGACGAAACGUUCACAAAGUUCUGUGACCAUUCAGAAUGCGAAGAGAACGCAGAUGAUUGUCAGAGUAUGACGGAUACUAUGGAGUGUGAUGACUUUCGUCAGACAUGUCAAAUUUUUCAGAGACGGAUGUCGAAUGUGGAUCCAGAUGUUUCAAUCGUACUCGCAGGUGAAGAGGAGUUUGAGGAGAAUCGUCAGAAGGAGUUGGCUUCACUUCGUGCUUCUCUUGAUACAAUCAAUGAGGAAAUCAAGGAUUCCCUGCGCAACGAGACAAUCUCUGGAAGUGAAGAGAGAUCUGCAUCGAGAUGGGAGAAAGUUCCAAUUGAAAUGCGUCCAGUUUUUGAGAAUAUUUAUUCUCAUGCUGUGAAUCACAUCCGGAAAGAAUUGGAUCUGGAAUUCAAAUUGGUCAAGACGGAGAAUGAGUUCACUGCGAAGAUAGCUACCAAAGCAUCCCAAGAAGAGAAAAGAAAGAGAGAAGAGGAAGAGGCGAAAAGCAAAGUCCGCGAGUUGCAAAGUAGUCUUGAGGCAGCAAAGGCAGACUCACACGAGAAGAUCAAACUACUUUUGGGUCUAGUCAUGUCUGGACAGGUUGACGAAAAAGUCAUUCAACAGUUCGAAUCGCUCAAAAACCAAUAUUGUGAUAUUGAACAGAAGGUCAAGAAAUUGGCGAGACGUCGUACAACCCACAAUAAUGGAGUGCCUUUGACGGGUCUUACACCGAAGCCCGAACUCAAAAGAAAUGAGCGCAGUCGUCGUGCCGUUGAUCACUAUGGAAAAGUGGUGAACUCCGAAGACGUGACGAUGGAUGACUCCAGACACUUCCGUUCAAGACGUGCCGGCUCAACGGCUGCUGAGUUGAACCGAACCACGGAUGAAAACGUUAGAAGAAAAGUGGCCAUGUCUCCCAUCAAAUUUGACGAUGACACUCGUCUUUCUGGUGUUGAAGAAGAUAUGGAAAACAUGGAUGACGGAAGCUUGAACAAUGGUACUUUUGUGAAAAGCAUCGCACAAACGUCGGUUAUUCAAUUGGAAGCUGACUCGUCAACAAUGGGAGAAUCCAACAAAACAUUUGUCAUAAGCAGUGAUGUUUCUCAAGAUGCCGUCUCUUCAGAUGAUAUUCCACCAAUUCGUCGCAAGCAUCGUCGUACGGGACUUGGUCCAGCUCUCUAA